CCCCUCCGCCCCCUUGUUCCUCUCGCUGACUGCACUUCUUGUCCUUCCGCAGACCACCUCUUCCCGCGGCCUCGCCAUGGCGACCUACGGACAGAGCUGCGCGCGGCCAAUGUGUAUUCCUCCAUCAUAUGCUGACCUUGGGAAAGCUGCCAGAGAUAUUUUCAACAAAGGAUUUGGUUUUGGGUUGGUGAAACUGGACGUGAAAACAAAGUCAUGCAGUGGCGUGGAAUUCUCAACAUCUGGUUCAUCUAAUACAGACACUGGUAAAGUUACUGGGACCUUGGAGACCAAAUAUAAAUGGUGUGAGUAUGGUCUGACUUUCACAGAAAAAUGGAACACUGAUAACACUCUGGGAACAGAAAUCGCAAUUGAAGACCAGAUUUGUCAAGGUUUGAAACUGACAUUUGAUACCACCUUUUCACCAAACACAGGAAAGAAAAGUGGUAAAAUCAAGUCUUCUUACAAGAGGGAAUGUAUAAACCUUGGAUGUGAUGUUGACUUUGAUUUUGCUGGACCUGCAAUCCAUGGCUCAGCUGUCUUUGGUUACGAGGGCUGGCUUGCUGGGUACCAGAUGACCUUUGACAGUGCCAAAUCAAAGCUGACACGGAACAACUUUGCAGUGGGCUAUAGGACUGGGGACUUCCAGCUACACACUAAUGUCAAUGAUGGGACAGAAUUUGGAGGCUCAAUUUAUCAGAAAGUAUGUGAAGAUCUUGACACUUCAGUAAACCUUGCGUGGACUUCAGGUACCAACUGCACUCGCUUUGGUAUUGCAGCUAAAUAUCAGUUGGAUCCCACUGCUUCCAUUUCUGCAAAAGUCAACAACUCUAGUUUAAUUGGAGUGGGCUACACUCAGACUCUGCGGCCUGGUGUGAAGCUUACGCUGUCUGCUCUGGUAGAUGGGAAGAGCAUCAAUGCUGGUGGCCACAAACUGGGGCUUGCCCUGGAGUUGGAGGCUUAAUCCAGCUGAAGCAACCUCUGGGAAUGGAUAUCAGAAGAUUUGGCCUUAAUAUAUUUCCAGUGUGACCAGCAGGCUUUUCUCCCUCCAAGAAGGUGAUCAAAACAGGAUGAGCUAAACAAGAGCUGUGUUUUAAAUAUGUAUGUAGACAGUUACUUGUUAGCUGGUUUCUAGUUGAAUUGGUUAUCUAGUUACCAAUGCGGCAGUCCUGCAGUCACCUAUACAUUAUUUAAUGUAUUUAACUGUUAAAUGCGU